GAGGUUAAUAUAAUACAUAAAAAAAUAAAAAACAAAACAAAAGCAAAUUGAUAAUCAUAAACUGUAAUGAAAGUCUUUCUUCUGUAUUACUAUCAGGGUACAGGGGAAAAAACACUGCAAUAAAAUGAUUUUAAAGUAAUAUCGCCUUAUAUGAGGCCCACCAAAUAAGUCCAACAAACAUAAAUAUGAUUUAAAGGGAACAUAAAUAAAUGAUAUGGAGUCACGGUGUCGAUUGUGUGCCGAAAGUUCCACCGAUAAAAUAUCAGUAUUAGAAACUCCAGACUUGUCCUCGAGGAUUCUUAAUCUCUUUCAAAUUAGAAUCUCCAAUGAAGACAGACUACCGACAACUAUAUGCCAGAAAUGUUACAAAUCAGUUGAAACAACAUGGGUGUUCAAUGAUCUCAUUCAGAAAGCCCAGGAAAUACUCAAUGAACUGGCAAAUACUGUUGAAACAGCCAAGGCUUUGGAUGAAACAAGUGAACAACAAAUUGUUGAUGAUGCUGCUGGUGAUUUGAGUUUUGAUGAUCCCAGUUCAGACCUUAAGUGUGAGUUUGAAGACGACGACUUAUUUUUACCAACAAAUAAUGUGGCACCUGUUGAAAAGCCAGCUAAAACUGAGAAGAAGCAAAAACGGUCAACAAGAAAGAAAGAGGAAUCAUCAAACAAUAUAGAAUGUUUGCCAGACAUCAAAGACUUCGACGUCAACGAAGACGGCACCCUCGUGCCGAAAACGGACCAAAUCAGCUGGGAGUCGUACCCGUGGACCUGCUGCGACUGCCACCAAAUCUUCGACAAUUCAGAGGACCUAAGAGACCACUUUGCAACAGUCCACAACGGCACACCACGAUAUCUAUGCGCCGACUGCUCCAAAGUCUACGCCAAGUACAGCACCUUCCUAACGCACGUCAAAGUCCACCGCAUCAAGCUGAAGUUCUGCUGCGACGUGUGCUACAAGUGGUUCCCGACGGUCACCGACCAGGAGAAGCACCGGGCAAAACACGGGGACGAAAGGCCUCACAUGUGCACGACGUGCGGGAAGCGUUUCAGGAUGCAAUCAGCCCUGUUGGUGCACGCCAGGUCGCACCUCCCGGCCGAACUAAAGAACCGGUAUCAAUGCGACCAGUGCCCUAAAAGGUUUGGGACCAAGCCGAAUCUGAUGGCGCAUAAACGCAUCCACAGCGGCGUCAGGGAUUACACCUGCGACCAGUGCGGCAAGAGUUUUGUGCAGAAGGGCAACUUAGAGAACCACCUGCUGACCCACACUGCAGCCAGGCCAUUUAACUGUACAAUUUGUGGCAAGUCCUUCAAAACGCUGAUUAGAUUGAAGAAGCACGACUCCGUGCAUUCGGGAUUGAAGCCACACAAGUGUGACGUGUGUGGGAGACAGUUUAGGGAAAGGGGGACGUUGAAGGAGCACCAUCGCAUUCACACUGGAGCCAUGCCUUUUACCUGCGAGUUUUGCGGCAAGUCGUUCCGAUUUAAAGGCGUCCUGACCACGCACAGGCGACAACAUACGGGCGAAAGGCCCUAUUCCUGUAACGAGUGCCAGCAUCAUUUCACUAACUGGCCGAAUUACAACAAACACAUGAAGAGGCGACACGGGAUCAACACCAGCGUGACUUGCAGGACAAGACAGGAUAUACCGCCGACGGGGAUGCCGCACAGAAACCCUCCGGGUACUAUUUUGGCACCACCACAGAACAUGGUGAUUGCGGAGAACUAUGGGCCUCCGCCGAUUUUCUUCCUCGAAUACUGAACGUUUCAUUUAUGUGAUGUGUGAUUAAUUGAUGUUUAAUUUACUGCUUAACUUAAUGCAUAUUAGGGGCUAUUGAAAACUAUAGUUAGCAUCUAACAGAGUAGUUUAAUAUAAGCUGUAUUUAUAAAUUGAAUUGUGUGAACAUGAAUUUAGAAAAAGAGUGUAUUAAUUUACUCGAUUUCUUCACUUUAUUUAUAUUAUUUUUGAAAUAAAAAAUAUUAAACAUGG